ACAACCCUAGCUCGCCGUCCCCCGCCACACGUCGCACACGUUGAUCGCCGCCGCAUCGCCGGCGUCCGCACCGGCCUUCACCCCCGCCACCUCUCCCAUCUCGCCCUCCCACCACCGAAGGAGACACCGCCGACGAGAGACAAGCCCCGUUCCGCACGCCCCGCGAGCCAACUCUGCAUCAUGGCUGUCGGCAAGAACAAGCGUCUGUCCAAGAAGGGCAAGGGCUCCCGCAAGAAGCAGAUGGACCCCUUCAUGCGCAAGGAGUGGUACGAUAUCAAGGCCCCCUCCGUCUUCGCCGUCCGCCAGGUCGGCAAGACCCUUGUCUCGCGUACCCAGGGAACCAAGAUCGCGUCUGAAGCGCUCAAGGGCCGCAUCUACGAAGUGUGCCUCGCCGAUCUCCAAAAGUCGGAGAAUGAGGCCUAUCGCAAGAUCAGACUCAAGUGCGAGGAGGUUCAGGGCCGCUCGUGCUUGACCAACUUUUAUGGAAUGGAUCUUACAAGGGAUAAGCUCUGCUCCCUCGUCAGGAAGUGGCAGACUAUCAUCGAGGCCCACGUCGAUGUCAAGACCACCGACGGCUACUUGUUGCGUAUGUUUGCCAUCGGCUUUACCAAGCGCCGCGACACACAGGUCAAGAAGACCACCUACGCCCAGAGCAGUCAGAUCCGCGAGAUCCGCGCCAAGAUGGUCGAGAUCAUGAUUCGCGACGCCUCGGCCUGCGACCUCAAGGAGCUGGUACGCAAGUUCAUCCCAGAGGUUAUCGGUAAGGAGAUUGAGAAGGCCGUGUCGGGCAUCUUCCCGCUCGGCGAUGUCCACAUUCGCAAAGUCAAGAUCCUCAAGGCCCCCAAGUUGGAUAUCACUAAGUUUAUGGAGCUUCACGAGGCUGGCGGUCAGGCAGAAGAUGUCGGUAUGCCUGUCGAGACACCGGACGAGCCCGCAGCUCCAGCGGAACCCAUCCCUGGUGAUGAUCCAGUUGAAUAGAGACCCAACGGCUUUUUGCUAAACACAGCUUGUCAUUUGUAAACUCUUAACAAUCUGUGUAUCUUCCUUGCGCUUUGCCCUUUUUUUAAAACGCUCAAAUGCCCCUCCUGAUUCUUGGAGCAAUGGCGCAUCCCAUUCUGCAGAAGCGGGUUCAAGGUUCGGCACAUUGCGCGGUGCCAUGUGAUGAGGGGGUUUCACAGUCCACCCACGUUUCUUGAAAGCCCUUUUCGCUGCUGCAGCAGUUUUAAGCUCUUUUUUUCUAAAAAAAUGCUGUUGCGGGU